AUGUCAGGACAGCUGUAUGACGACCAGGCCUACGCUGCCGCGCGACGUCGUUCUCUCGCCACGCCUCCGCCUUCAUUGACUCCAAGACACAACCGGACCCGUAGCCAUAGUGUCAGGGUGAGCAACGGGACGGUCAGCACAAAUACCAGCAUAUCAAGUGGGCGGAUGUCCGAGGCCACAAAUAUCACUCAGCCACCCGCCUACUCAAAGAAGUUCGUCGUGGUAGGAGACGGUGGUUGUGGUAAGACAUGUCUUCUCAUCAGUUAUUCGCAAGGCUAUUUCCCAGAGAAAUAUGUUCCUACCGUUUUUGAAAACUACAUCACACAAACCACGCAUCGAGCAUCGGGGAAAACAGUCGAGUUGGCCCUCUGGGAUACUGCUGGACAGGAAGAAUACGACAGACUGCGCCCCCUCUCGUACCCAGAAACAGAUCUCCUCUUCGUCUGCUUCGCUAUCGACUGUCCUGCGUCAUUAGAAAAUGUCAUGGACAAGUGGUACCCCGAAGUCCUACAUUUCUGUCCUACCACGCCGAUCAUCCUUGUGGGCUUAAAAUCGGACCUGCGGAAUAAGAGGACGUGCAUCGAACUUCUGAAGACCCAGGGAUUGACACCCGUCACACCGGAACAAGGCGAAACGGUAGCCAGGAGAAUGAACGCCUCAUACGUUGAAUGCAGCAGCAAGGAGAUGCGCGGCGUGGAUGAAGUCUUUGCACUCGCCGUCGAUACCGUCGUUUCUACCGAGGAGCAAGGAUGGACAAGCAGUAGCCAGAAUCAUGGUACCAGCAGCAAAUCGGGAGGCGGUGGUGCCGUUCCCAGGGUGAGUGGGAAGAAAGUCAAGAAGCGUACCUGCAAGAUUCUGUAG